UAGAUUGAAUUCCGUGAAUGGAGAGGGCUUGAAAGUUUUGAUUGAAAGUUUCCUGCUCUGGAGGCAAAGCAUGCAGCACAAGCAAUAACGAAAAACAGUGUAGCAAGGAAAACGCAACCUUAACCCGUUACCCUUAAUUCCCAUAUUCGGAUAUUCCUAAUAUACGCGCACGUUUAACCUUCUCCUUUCCCCCUUCAUGCACAUUGACUUUAACUUGAAGACAAUCAACCUUCUUCAUCCACCUUUUCUCUUCCAAAGGACUACCUUUGCUUAUAUAUAUGCACAUGCCACAUAGCUAGAUGAACCCAAGUUAUUGGAGCCAGAAAGAACGAAGAAGCUAGCCUUAUUAUCAACUAAGUGAUAUCGAUCAUCAUGGAUUCAUUCAAUGUUGAAAAUGCACCCGAGAUUGUGUUCUUUGAUUUGGAAACCAACGUGCCCAAGAAGGGUGGAGAACGGUUCUGGGUGUUGGAGUUUGGAGCCAUUGUUGUGAGCCCCCACAAGCUCAUGGAGGUUGAGAGCUACAGCACCUUGAUCAAACCCGAAGACCUAUCCGUGGUGCCAGUGAGGUCCAGCAGAAGCCAUGGAAUAACUCGCGCUGCUGUAGAGAAAGCUCCCUCCUUUGAGGACGUUGCAGACAGGAUAUUCAGCAUUCUUGAUGGCAGGGUCUGGGCUGGUCACAACAUCCAGAGAUUCGACUGUGUUCGUAUCAAAGAAUCCUUUGAUCAAAUUAACAGGCCUGCGCCUAUCCCAAUUGGAAUCAUCGAUUCUUUGGGUGUUCUAACUGACAAGUUUGGGAGAAGAGCCGGUAACAUGAAGAUGGCAACGUUGGCUUCUUAUUUUGGCUUGGGUCAACAAAAACACAGGAGCCUUGAUGAUGUUCGCAUGAACUUGGAGGUUCUUAAGCAUUGUGCUACGGUGUUGUUUCUGGAAUCAAGUCUGCCAAGCACAUUGCAUAGCAACUGGAAUGGGUGCUCGAGUUCGACCAUUAUGACUCGAAGCAGAAGAAUUGGGAAAUCGCCCUCCAGAGAAGACACAAGCAGAAAAUCUCCUCCAUCUUCUUUAUUAGGAUAUCAGAGGACAGUACCCUAUGCCAGGGGAAGUUUAGGAAAGAUGGCUGAGAGUGUGAAGGGCCUAGUCUCUAAAGCCCAAGGCCAACCAACUAUUAACCAAAUAUUAAAGCAUUCUCAUUCACUUUUAAGAUGAUGGAAGCCUCUUUCAGAAUGUAUGUGACUCACCAGAUUAGAUUGACUGACUAGUGACUACCUUGUGAAAAAGGCCUCACAUUGUUGGAAGGAGGUAACUAAGGCCACCAUCAUGUCUUUCUAAGAUGUUCAAGAUCCCUAAGGGAAACCAUGAUGUGGCACCACACAAAUUCAUUUGUACAUAGAUUGAUCAUUCAUUCAUUUCAAAAUUCUUGAAGCACCUCUCUUAAAGUGAAAGCUGCUUCCAAGUUGUAAUAAUGCACUUAUCUGUAUAAAAAUCAUGUUAAUCCUA